AUGUCAGCCAACCCGGACUCAGUAGUCAACCAAGGACAGUUUCACUCUAGUGUGCCGCCCACAGAAAAUCGGACCGGUGGCCACCAACUGGGCCAGAAGGUGGGCAAUGAUGCGGUGCCCGAAUUCCGCGCGCAGACUCACCCGCCGGGGACAGCGCCGAAGGAGCACACGUACCAGCCGAAUCCGGUGAACGUAGCACCAGGGCAGGCGCUGAACCCGGAUCUGGAGUCGGAGCUCCGGACCUCGGGCCUGGAUAUGCCCGGGGCUACGAGCGGGGACGUGCACAGCCAGUCGACGUUUGCACGACCGAUGGAGGGCCAGACCGCCACAAGCCACCGCAAGAAGGAGCGCAGCGGCCUGGAGGGCGUCGGCAGCACCGCCAGCACCUCGGAUGAGACGGUGGAGGGUAAGGUCAGGGCCAUCGGCGCCGACCUCCCUGAGGGCGUGGAGCGUGGAAUCAGAGGCAAGGGGCCCGGCGCCGAGGAGACUAUCCCUGCUUCGGCGGCCGAGGUAGCGGCCGAGAAGAGGCGGCCGGCAUAA